GGUCAAUGCUUCGAACAUCUUCAAUCUCAAUGUCGUUGUCGACCAGGUAGUUUGUACGAUUAGAGGCUGGCUGGACUAUACACAUACAUAGUUGCUCGCCAUUAUUAAAUACUCAGCCGUAAGUACUCACAUCCGGUAAUCAAGAAUGGGACGUUUUCAGCAAUCUGGACUCUUAUUGGCAAGUUUCAUUCUCUGCAUGGUAGAUAGUAGAGGGAUUGCUGGAAAUGUAAAACUUGUGGCAAUGAAUGGAAAUCAGUACUGGUUUAGCACAUCGUCUCCUUAUGCACCCACCCUCAAUUUCCACCUGGCUUAUCAGUAUUGUCGCACUCUCGGCCUGCAGUUAGCAGUUCUGGAGACAACGGAGGAGGUUGAGACAAUUUCUGCAUAUCUUAACAGAGACGCAAAUCCCAUGACACAUGGAAAGUACUGGACGAGUGGAAAUAGGCUUGGGGCAGAAAGCUGGAUUUGGAUGAGUUCUGGAGAACAACUCAACAGCAGUUUUGCGGACUACUGGUUAAAAAACGGCGUGGGUGCGGCGACUCCUGAAAAUCCGAGGCAUUGCAUGUCGAUGAAACCACCAAUUAGCCCCAUGACCAAACGAGCCAUUUUCACGGCAGAGGAGUGCAACAAGGCCUUCCCCUUUAUUUGCGAGCAAGUGCGCUGUUUGUACUAUAAUUACCCGGUGAUGAUGUUCCCUGACCCAAGUGAACUUCGAACUGAUAUUGAUCACGAUGGGACCUCGGUCAGUCCAUCAGAGUCCGAGUCGCGAACCAGCAUUCAAUACUCAACAAGUGAACAAAUUCAGAAUAAAAAUGUAAUUCCAACUGAACGCAAAAGUAGACAAUUGACGACGUUAACGACAGACAUUGAAGGUGAAGAAAGUGGAAGAAUCGACGGAUCUAAUAAAAUUCAACGAAAAAUGAUGCUGCGACCAGUGAUGUCAGUUUAUCCAAUUCCUUCCCAUUCUUACAACAAGUACAAAUUGUCUGCAGAGACCUCAACUCUUGCUAGCACAAAAAAACCUUUUUAUAACAAAGCCACACAUGACAACCUCUGGGGACCUUCUUCGUCUACAGAGUCAACUAAUCCGACACUGAGCACUGGAUUGGCCAAACUUCGCAAAUUGAGCGAAUCUUCCAUUUUUAAUAGUAAAAGGCCCACCAUCUUCAUUACUGGGAAAGCGGCGAAACCUUCCAACUCGACCUUCACCUCUGCAAAAAUAAUCAACAACGAAACCACACCAAAACCCUUUGCCCAAUAUGAAAUUGUGACAUCAAAGUCAACCACAGUCGAUGGAGAAGAAAUUAUUGAUGAUCUAGAAGAUACCGUGGCAGCCACAAUGUUGUAUCACAGAUAUGGUUCAGGUUCAGGACCCUCUGAUCCAACUCACAUUUUUGCUAGUGGCUACAUAAGUACGGAUCCAUCCGUGGUGCUUGAUGACGAACAAAACAACGUUGGAGGCGAAGUUGGGUUGGAAGAUGCAACACUUUCUCGAGAUCAAUUUUUGGGAACAAUUCCUAAAUUCUUUGAGGGAAGUGGAAUUCGUCGUCCAGACAUGUCCAGCACGACUCGAUUCCUUCAUGACGAAAACGAAGUGACGACCACGACACAACGAGGCAAUUCCCCUACGACAACGCCGAAAUUGCAGCAGCAAUACACCUUCCAAAGAGGAAAAUCAAGCUUGGGCAGUAGUUGGAUCAAAGCAAAACUUGAAAGAGGGACUCCGACUCCUUCAACCGCCGCUUCUAUCAUCGCAGACUCAAUUUAUUCAGCGACUGAAAAAAUGGGACUGGGACCAAGACUAAAACUAAGACUUAGGCCACAUAAUUGACCUUGUAGUACUUUAAUUAGCGUAUACGACUUUACUAAACCAAAACAAAUGCUGAAUCUCGAGAUUUUUUAAUAAACCGAAUAGAUAUGUAGUUAAA